AUGUCCGCUUCAAUCCCUGGUAAUCGAGACCUCCCCGCAUCCAGGCACGAUCUCAAUACGUACUGGGGUAGAGUUAAGCAGGCGGCAGAAAUUUCGGAUCCCAGGACGUUGUUUGUCUCUCGGGCUGGUCUGGAAAAGGCUAAAAGCCUAAUUGCAUUGUAUAAAAAUGGCCACGUCCCGUCCAUGACCCCUGAACUCUGGCACGCCAAGCAAAUUGUCGAUUCGACCUUACACCCAGACACCGGCGAACCCGUCGUUCUCCCCUUUCGCAUGUCAUGUUUUGUUCUUUCAAAUCUGAUUGUAACUGCGGGAAUGCUCACACCUGGCCUUGGGACAAGGGGAACUGUUCUCUGGCAAAUUGCCAAUCAAUCUCUAAACGUCGCUAUUAAUAACGCCAACUCAAACAAGUCGACUCCGCUAUCUUAUUCUACCAUUGCAAAAUCAUAUCUUAUCGCAGUAUCCGCCUCCUGUUCCGUCGCUCUAGGCCUAAAUGCGGUCGUCCCACAUUUAAAAAGGGUAGCACCCAAUACAAAAUUAAUACUAGGGCGUUUAGUACCUUUCGCAGCCGUGGCUACUGCAGGCGUUCUUAAUGUGUUCCUAAUGCGCGGCGAAGAGAUCCGCAAGGGAAUCGAUGUCUAUCCAGUGCUCUCCGACGAGGACAAAGCAAAACGAGAAGUUGAUGGAGGUGAGGUGCAGAGUCUGGGGAAGAGCAAAAAGGCUGCUACACUCGCUGUGGGGGAGACUGCCAUCAGUCGAGUGCUGAAUGCAACUCCAGUUAUGGCUAUUCCUCCAUUGAUUCUCGUGCGGCUACAAAAAACAGAUUGGCUGAAAGCACGACCUCGAUUUGUCACUCCUGUCAAUUUGGGUCUGAUAUUAGCAACGUCCCUAUGUGCGCUGCCAUUUGCGCUGGGCGUAUUCCCACAACGGCAAGCAGUGAACGCCCACUCGCUCGAAAAAGAAUUCUGGGGUGGUGGUGGGAAGAAUGGAGAGGUUGAGUUUAACCGGGGUAUAUAA